AUGGCUGAGCUGGGGAGGUUGCUUAUGUACGAAGCGGCAAGGGAUUGCCUGCCUACUAUCUCAGGGGAGAUUCAGUCACCUAUGGCCAUUACCUCUGUAGAAUUUAUUGAUUCGAGGGAACCUGUAGCGAUUGUUCCCAUCUUGAGGGCUGGUCUUGCUCUUGCAGAACAUGCAUCAUCAAUCUUGCCAGCAACAAAAACAUAUCAUCUAGGGAUUAGCAGAGACGAAGAAACGCUUUAGCCGACUGUAUACUUAAACAAGUUACCUGAUAAAUUUCCUGAAGGUUCUCAAGUAUUUGUUGUCGAUCCUAUGCUGGCAACAGGUGCUAAUAGUCUUCCUAUGGCUGAACUACUUGGAUAAUAUGUCUGUUUUGUAGAGCCUUCAUUAUGUCUUUUUCUUACUUUCACGAAUUGAAGAAAAUCUUGUGGUUAUAAUUACAUGACUGCCACUACUUUUCCACCUCUUCAAAAUCUUACUGAUAUAAGGUCUUGAGGAAAUUUGUUCCAUUGUUGUCUGCAUUACUGGUCAUUACAUGUAGUCUUCCAUUUUUGUCCUAUCUAUUCAGGAGUUUGAAGAUUAAGAUGCAUUCCAUUAUGGCUGUAGUGAUUUCUUUUCUUUAAUUAGAUUUAGUUUCAAUUAUGUU